CUAACAUUUCUCUAUACUUUCUACAGAUUGAGUAUUACUAUUAUGAUUUUUGUGAAUUAUGGUGGAGGGGGGUAUUGGUUUUAUAACCACUCAGAUUGGAAUGGUCUUACUGUAGCUGAUUUAGUUUUUCCUUGGUUUGUGUUUAUCAUGGGUACUGCCAUGGCAUAUAGUUUUUCUGGUCAGUUAAGAAAAGGUUAUGCUAAAAAAUUCAUGUUAUGGAAAGUGUUCAAGAGAUCCUGUAUUUUAUUCCUAUUAGGUUUAUUAAUCAAUUCUGGAGAUUAUCCUAAAAGUGGUGUUGUGCUUGAUAAUUUUAGAAUACCAGGUGUUUUACAAAGAUUUGCUGGUACUUACUUAAUAACUGCUACUGUACAUAUAUUUUUUACUAGAGCUAAUGAUUCAAACAGAGAUUGUUGGUGGGCACCAGUAAGAGACAUAGUUGAUUAUUGGCAAGAAUGGAUUAUAAACCUAUUGUUUGUUUCUAUACAUCUUCUUCUUACAUUUCUUUUAAAAGUUCCUGAUUGUCCAACAGGUUAUAUUGGACCAGGGGGGCUAGAAGAACAAGGUCAACAUUGGAAUUGUACAGGGGGUUCUGCUGGGUAUAUAGAUAGACUAAUAUUUGGUGAUAAUCAUAUAUAUCAAAACCCUACUUGUAAAGAAAUAUACCAUUCUACGGUGCCCUAUGAUCCUGAAGGAUUUCUAGGAACAUUGAAUUCCUGUUUUCUCUGUUUCUUAGGUUUACAGGCUGGUAAGAUUUUAUUAAUACAUAAAGAUUGGGUACUAAGAAUUAAGAGAUUAUUAAUAUGGGCUGUGUUUACAGGUUCUAUUGCUACUCUGUUAUGUAAAGCUUCAAAAGAUGAUGGCUGGAUACCAAUCAACAAAAAUCUCUGGUCUCUAUCAUUUGUUUUAGCAUUAGCUUGUAUGGCUUUUGUUUUGUUAACGAUAUGUUAUUUAGUAAUAGAUGUAUAUCCAUUGUGGUCUGGAUCUCCAUUUUAUUAUCCAGGAAUGAAUGCAAUUGUGUUAUAUGUUGGACAUGAGUUUUUCAACAGGAAGGCACCAGUGUAUUUCCAUGUUCCACAUAAUCAUGAGAGUGAAUUAGCUAUUAAUUUAUGGGGUACAAUAUUUUGGGUGCUAGUAUCUUAUUAUUUGUAUUAUAAAGAUAUAUUUAUCUCAAUAUAG